CGCAAAAGCAUCUCUUAAUCAAAAGCAGAUUCCUGCUAUUUUUCAACGUGGCCCACGCCCUUUAUGCGAUUCGAUUCUCCCAAUAAUAUCUCACAUAAUCAAACAGAGUGGUAGCUAGCGAACAACCGUUUCACUCUGUUUUGUGUGCGUGAGAGAGAAAUAUUUUUGGCCAUGGCUGCUGAAACUAAAAGCGUUGUUGUUGAGUCCACUCUAAAGAGGCAAAAAGAUGAUGAAGAAAAUGGAGUCUCCAUUGGUAAUCACUCAGAUGGUAAUGGUUUAUCAUCAGUGAUUCCGGGUUGGUUCUCUGAAAUUAGCCCAAUGUGGCCUGGAGAGGCUCACUCCUUGAAGGUAGAAAAGAUUUUGUUUCAAGGGAAGUCUGAUUACCAGAAAGUCAUGGUCUUCCAGUCAUCAACGUAUGGCAAGGUUCUUGUUUUGGAUGGUGUUAUUCAGCUAACAGAAAGGGACGAAUGUGCUUACCAAGAAAUGAUGACUCAUCUUGCUCUUUGCUCUAUUCCAAACCCCAAAAAGGUUUUGGUUAUCGGUGGAGGUGAUGGAGGGAUCCUACGGGAAAUAUCACGUCAUUCUUCAGUUGAAAAGAUAGACAUUUGUGAAAUUGACAAAAUGGUAGUUGAUGUCUCCAAACAGUUUUUCCCUGAUGUUGCAGUAGGGUUUGAUGAUCAACGUGUGACACUUCGCAUCGGUGAUGGAGUUGCAUUUUUGAAGGAAGCUCCAGAAGGAUCUUAUGAUGCAGUUAUAGUGGAUUCAUCUGACCCUAUUGGUCCUGCUCAGGAGCUUUUUGAGAAGCCCUUUUUCGAGUUGGUUGCAAAGGCUCUUCGUCCAGGAGGAGUUAUUUGUACUCAGGCAGAAAGUAUAUGGCUUCAUAUGCAUAUCAUUGAGGACAUUGUGGCUAAUUGUCGUCAGAUUUUUAAAGGCUCUGUCAACUAUGCUUGGACUACAGUUCCUACAUACCCAAGUGGGAUGAUUGGUUUUAUGCUUUGCUCAACUGAGGGACCUCCUGUUGAUUUCAAGCAUCCAGUGAAUCCCAUAGAUGAAAAAGAGUGUCAGAAAUCCGUACGACCACUUAAAUUUUACAACUCUGAGAUCCAUACUGCAGCUUUCUGUUUGCCAUCAUUUGCGAAGAGAAAGAUUGGUUCUGAAGCUACUUAAGCAGAUAUUCAAGAGCGACUAUUGUUGGAAGUCUGUCAUUCAUCCUUACAGGAUUGCUCAUCAAUCUAUGAACCACACAAUAAGAGUUUGGAUUUUAUAUUGAAGAUUAAUAAAUUACAAGAAUGAAUUUUGUAUUUCUCUAACAGAGAAUGAUUUACUUUGAUUAAUUUUGUAUUUCAUUGACUGAGUAACAACUCAUAUACCAAGAACUGGAAACAAAUAAAAGAUUAUCCAAAUUUUGAAAGGCAAAAUGGACGUUCACUAACAAG